AAUUUGCAUGGGGGCGGAGUCUGUACCUUUCCUGGGAGCGGGACGCCCCGCCCCGCCGCCCAACCCCACAGUUUCUUCUUGUUGUACCUUCCUUCCGGCCGCAGUUCCCCGCGGGCUCGCGGCCCCGACUCCCAGUUCCCGGCUUCCCUGCUUCCAUGCUCCCCAAGCGGCGGCGAGCGCGGGGCGCGUCCCCAGCCCCCUCGGCCACCAGGUCCACGGCCCGCUUCCCCGACGUGGCCAUCUACCUGGCCGAACCGCGCAUGGGCCGCAGCCGCCGGGCAUUCCUGGCGCGCCUGGCGCUCUCCAAGGGCUUCUGCGUGCUGGAGGCCGACAGCCCCGAGGUGACACACGUGGUGAUGGAGCAGACCUCAGCAGAGGAGGCCACCUGCUGGCUGAGGCGCAGGACGGUGCCUCUGUCCCUCGGCUGCCCGGGCCCCGCGCUGUUGGACGUAAGCUGGUUCACGGAGAGCAUGGCUGCCGGGCGGCCAGUGCCGGUAGAGAGCCGCCAUCGCCUGGAGGUGGCCGCACCCAGUAAAAGGACAUCAAGGCCAGUAUGGAUGCUGCCCUAUGCCUGUCAGCGACCCACACCCCUCACACACCACAACACCAUCUUCACGGCUGCGCUGGAGACCCUGGCAGAGGCAGCGGGCUUCGAAGGCAGUGAGGGCCGACAACUCUCCUUCUGCAGGGCAUCUGCUGCACUCAAGGCCCUCCCUAACCGGGUCACCGCCCUGAGUCAGCUGCAGGGGCUGGCCUACAUUGGAGACCAUGCCCACAGGGUCAUCCAAGAGCUGCUGGAGCAUGGAGUAUGUGAGGAGGUGGAGCGGGUGCGGCUGUCGGAGAGGUACCAGGCUAUGAAGCUCUUCACUCAGAUCUUUGGGGUGGGAGUGAAGACUGCUGACAGGUGGUACCGGAACGGCCUGCGGACCCUGGACGACCUCCGAGAGCAACCACAGAGACUGACCCAGCAGCAGAAAGUGGGCCUGCAGCACUUCCAAGACCUCAGUGCCUUGGUCCAGAGGCCUGAGGUGGAUGCCCUUCAGCAGCUGGUGGAGGCGGCUGUGACACAGACCCUGCCGGGGGCCACUGUCACCCUGACUGGUGGCUUCCGGAGGGGGAAGCUGCAGGGCCACGACGUGGACCUCCUCAUCACACAUCCCCAGGAGGGCCAGGAGGCUGGGCUGUUGCCCCGCGUGCUGCGGGGCCUGGAGGAGCAGGGCCUUGUCCUGUACUACCAGCACCACCGAAGCCUCAGGUUUGACCGUGCACAGAGGACCCGGCACCGCCAGGCCAUGGACACCCUGGAGAGUAGCUUCUGUGUGUUCCGCCUGCCACGGCCUGCAGGGAGCACCAUGCAGGGCACCCCUGCUUGGAAGGCCGUGCGGGUAGACCUGGUGAUUGUCCCCUUCAGCCAGUUCCCCUUUGCGCUCCUCUGCUGGACUGGCUCAAAGCACUUUGAGCGGGAGCUGCACCGCUUUAGCCGCAAGGAGCGGGGACUGUGUCUGACCAGCCAGGGACUGAGUGACUCUGAACAGAAAGUGCUUCUCCACGCGACCUCCGAAGCCGACAUCUUCAGACACCUGGGCCUGGAGUACCUGCCCCCGGAGCAGAGAAAUGCCUGAUUCCUCUGUCUGGUCCUGACCCGUACUCUGUGGGUUUCUCCCACCCCAAGCCCCCAGGCAGGACACACAUUUGCACCAUGUGCUUGCUCUCCCAGGGCAGCGGGGGGGGGGGGAGGGUUGUCCCUUGAGGUGUGAACCCCUCUUCAGCCACAUCUGUCCUACACUGUAAUGAACUGAGCAAACCAGACCAUUUCCCAAACUGCUACUGGUGUGGAGGGGCAGGAGAGUGACAGCCCUAGGACAGUCUAGCCUGGGAAUAAGGAGCCCAUUGGCUGUGGGCCACCAUCCAAAGGGUGACCCUGGGCUAGAUGCCUCUGGCUCCUCCCCUGGACAAGAGGGACCUGAGCUUCACAGGACAGUGAGUGUUGUGCUCAGUACCUGACUUGAAGUUUCCAGCCUGAAAGUGGGGGGUGGGGUGGGGUGAAGCUCUUGCCCACAUGAGUCUGCAGUGGGAAUACCUGCAGGAUGUGGCAUCUGGAGAGGGCCCAGGGUGAGGAGUUGGAGGGGGAGCCUUUUUUUUAAAGAAGGUAUGAGAGAGAGGACCAGAGCAUCACGCUAGCACAUGUGAUGCCAGGGAUUCAACUCACAACCUCAUGCUUGAAAGUCCAUUGGCUCAUCCGUUGCACUAGGGAGGAGGAGGACUUCUAACAGUGACCCACCAUUUUCUGCCUGGGCUUACCCCAUCUCUCUCAGCCAGACUUCUUGCCUAUUGCUUCUUUCACUAAAAUAUUUUUAAAAUUAUUUUUAUAAGAGAUAAGAGCAAGAGAGAAAGAGAGAUACGCCAGAGGCACCACUCAGUUCUGGCAUAUGCCAAUGUCAGAUUGAAAGUGGGACCUCAGGCUUUCAGAAAAGUCCUGUGUUCUAACACUGAGCUAUCUCAAAGUAGUAUGUGUUUUUUAACAGGCUUAUUUACUUGCUGAAUGAAAGAGGGAGGGAGAAAGAGAGGGAGAGAGAGAAACACUUGAGUAUCACCAGGGAUUGAACUGAAGACCUCACAUGUGCAAACGCUACACUCACCUUUUCUGACUGCAAAGCAUCCUCCAUGGAGUACAGUCCCAUGACCUCUUCAUCCAGUCAUCUGUUGGUGAUACUAAAACGGGCCUUUGUAUUCAUUCUGGUCAGGGUGACUUGUGGUGAAGGCAUCACCUUGCUCACACCACAGUGGCUCUCCAUGGUCCCCAGCCCUUACACACAUACACACACACACACACACACACACACACACACACACACACACCUUUGUGUUGCCACCACAUGGCUAGAAAUUGACUCUGGGCCCUGAGUUCAGAGUAAUGGGAUGCCACAUUGAAGUCUGAGGGAUAAAAGUUUUUCACUCCUGA